ACCUGUGCACGAACCGACGCACCAAACAUCCACGUAGCUCUAGGCGAGGAAACACGAGCUCGGUUACUGCUUGUUUACCGUGGCUUAUUGAACGCUACAGCUCAUCAAUACGUUGGCCAUCAGUUUGUAUGGCAGCUUGGCCCUGGUGGCAGCAGCUCUAGUGGCGAGAUUAUAUGGAAACAGUGGAGGAAUAAGGCAGGGUGUGUGUUUUUAGAUGGCUUCGUGGUUGGGUUUCAUGGUCAGUCUGUCCUAAAAGCAGCGGGAGUGUGUGGGGGCGUCUUGAUGCUGUCAGACAGGAUGUCGGGGAGGAUCUAUUGGAGCAGGAUUACCCGACCAUUUUUGCAUACGAUUACACAGACCACAGCUCGCCCCCUCCCUCCCCCUGAGGAUCCAUUUAUGCAGCUCCUGCUGAGAAACCUAUGAAUGCCAAUUAUAAAUGUGGAGAACAGAUUACCCCAAGGCGCGGCGUCUGUCUGCAUUUGUCUGAAACAACGAGAGAGGGAGCAGCACAAAUACCGCACAGCCAGACAUCAUGCAAGGAGAAACCUUCCCUCGUUGCAGAGUGCUGAAAUGUUAGGACUGAAGAGCAAGUGUGUCAGAUCAAAUCAGAAGACUGUUUACAUUAGGGGGGGCGAUAAGAGCUGCUUGACACUAGACUCACAAACACCCUGUGUGUGGUUUAAGGCCCCUUUCAAUCACGAUCAAGAAAAGACGUGUUAACUGAUCUUCCAUCAGCACUUUUUUUUUUUCCCGUCAGAUUCAGCAAUCCAGAAACGAGCUGAGAUGGAGUGGUCACUAGAGAGUGUGCGGGAGAUGGUGGCUGGAGGGAUGCAGUCUAUAAGGGACUGUGAGAUCUGUGCUUUCGCCAUAGCCAUGUGUGUGCUGCUGCUGUUUAUGUGGUAUUGUUACAGGGUGGGCCGGGAGCAUGGCACCAGCCCUCUGCGUGGGAGGUAUCUGGCUGGGCCCGGCCGGAUUGGAGGGGUUGUGGGGGGCUUCAUGAGUUCAGACUGCCGUGGCAGGGGGAAAGGGAAGCAUGGAUCGAUGCUAGAAGAGCAGAACGGCUUCGCUUUCUGCCAGUCACCAGAGUGUUUCCGUUGUACCAGCGCCGGAGAGAGUCUGAACCAGAGGCUCUAUCACAGCCUGCAGGAUUACGCCAAGCGCUACACCUGGUCAGGUAUGGGCAGGGUGCAUAAAGGAGUCCGCGAUCAAGGCCGAUACCUUAACAGCCGUCCAACCAUCCAGCGGCCAGAGGUCUUCUUCCUCCCAGACCUCCCGUCAGCCCCUUUCUUCUCCAGAGAAGUACAGAGACACGAUGUGGAGCUGCUGGAGCAGAGCUUCCCCGCCCUUCUGGCCGAGUUUGAGAGCAUCUACCACCAACCUCCAGCCCGCAGCGGCUCCUCCCUCCCACCAGGGUGGAAAGCCAACAGCACUCCUCGUGGCCAGUGGUGGACCUACUACCUGGUCAACCAAGGCACCCCUCUGGUUCUUAAUGUCAGGAGGUGUCCGCGGGCGUGGAGGGUGCUGGGCCAGUUACGCACCUUCAUCGCCAACAACGUGUUCGGAAACGCCUGCUUCUCUGUGCUGACGCCUGGAGCUCUGAUCACUGAGCAUUACGGUCCAACAAAUGUCAGGCUGCGCUGCCACCUGGGUCUCAGAGUGCCCCCUUCCUGUGAGCUUGUAGUUGGUGGAGAGCCACAGUGCUGGUCUGAGGGCAGCUGUCUGCUUUUUGAUGACUCCUUUCUCCACAGGGCCUUCCACGAGGGCGGCGCAGAGGACGGCCCCAGGGUGGUCUUCAUGGUGGACCUCUGGCAUCCCAACGUGGCCGCUGCUGAGAGACAAGCCUUGGACUACAUUUUUACUCCAGGCCGCUUAGAGGACAAGGAAGGGAAAUAGGUGUGAGUGAGAAACCAUGUCCGACCAAGAGACAGAUGGCAUUUAGGGAAGUGUCUGUAGGAUUGGGGAGCAACUCUUUUUCUGCCUCCAGACCAGCUCUCACAUUCACUGUAUACAUAAUUCUCAGUCUCAUACAGUAUUUCUCAUAACUCUUCUUAGCAGAUGACCAAACAUUGGGCCUCUUUUAUCAAUCAUGUUCAUGUUUUUGCCUGUAUAGUUGUGUAAAAGACAGCCACACUUGAAAGUACUUACUUACAUUUUUCAAAACUUAGUAGGUGCGCAAUUGUUCAUGCAGCCAUUUUAUUAAUGUGUAUUAAUACCAUGGCAGGGCCAUUUUAGCUUUUUUGUCAUUGUCAUUUUAUUUUAAAUCAUUGAAUGUUCAAUGAAUUUGCAUAUAGAUGAAUGAUGUGACUGAGCAGUGAAAAUUUUGCCCAGCAAACACUUCACACCAAUUUUUUAUAUAUUUUUUUUUCUUCACAUUUCCGUUUCCCUCUAACUUUGGGCCAAUUCUGGAGCAAAAAGAUUCUAUGUACAGCUUAACAUCUCACACAUAUCAGUAAUUCUUUUACACUUACUGUAACACCUACAUACAUUUCUGCAAGGGCUAAGAAAUGUGAUCAUUCAGCUUGUGUGCUACUUAACAUAUCCAGUUGCACUGAAGAUUCAAAUUCCAAAACACUCACUGUCAAAUGUGGGACAAACUUUCGACUUGAGUUUUUAUGAAUGAGUGGAAAAUCUCUUGCUUGCAGAAUGGUGACACAUUUUCAGUGACUGUAGUGCUUAUUUACAUCAGAUCACAGCUAAAGUACAGCUAAAGCUAAGGGUCCCCAUUGCUACAGUGCUGGUUGAUUUUAAAGCCUACUGUUCACAAACACAUUAAGCCAGAUGUGAAAAAUUAUUGAUACUGACUGACUGUCAUUCUGGAAAUCUCAUUUUAGCUGAGUUACUUACAGGAUGCACAACUGGGGCCUUAUGACUAAACUGGCAACUGUUGAUAGAUGUCUAAACUAAAUGCGUUGCAGAAAUUGCUAUAACAGCAUGAUAACAUUAACUAAAGAAAUGAUUAAUUCAAAUCAUGUCAUCUAUCAUUAUCCAAGCAACCACUGAGCAGAUUCAUCCGCAUGUGUGUUGAUAACUGAGGUCCAGCGUUGCUCAUGACAUGAAUGUUUACAGACGCAGCUAAUGUCUCUGUCAUGACUCCUGCCGGUGUGGUAGUUUAUUGUGCUCCCCUUUGAAAAAUCAGUCCUGCUUUCACGAGACAUGGUUAGAUAAGCACAUUUUUAGGUCAAAUUGUGUGAGUCGGCCUGUGCUGUAACACUGGAGAUGAAGCGUUUUUGGUAAAUUUACUAAACUCUUGUAAUUUGGUUGUAUUUGAUAUCAGGUUUGUAUUUCUGUAAAUAGGGUUGAGGUAAAAAACUGAACGGUCUGAGAUGUUUUGAAAUGAUUGUCUUCAAUGCUAUAACUAUUGUGUUGUCUUGAUUUACAGCUAAAGCGAUUGCAUCUCAUUCUCCGUUCUCAAAAAGUCAGCCAUGAAAUCAUUUUGAUAGAUUCAAUUUGUAGAUUCUGUAAAAUGUUUAUGACGUACUAUCUCUGUUGUUCUGUGAUGCAUUUCUUUUUAAUCACUCUGUAAUUUUGCAGCGCCAUAUGGUAUCCGUUAUUAAAGCCACAAUCUUUAAUUCUUCAACAGCACUUCAUGGAUAUAUGUGCGCAGUCUAAAAGGUAGUGAAAAUGAAUCUUCAGCAGCUUUACAUGUCCAUCACAACUCAAGAUACCAAUCUAUUCAAUUCUAAUGUUUACAAAAGUAUGAUUAUUUACAAGCUCAGACAUCACUGACACUCACAUUGAGCUGUCCAUAAUUAGGAUUAAAAUCAAGAGUGCUGUUAAUCCACUUAAGAGUAUGAAAACUGUCAUUCCCAAAGCAUUUGCUUUAUAUAUACAGUAUAUGGUGGGGCAACCAUUUUGUUUACAUUUGGAUUAAGGAUUUGUCCUUAAACACAUUCUUGUGUGGAUUUUGAACAGUAUUUCUGUACAUUUAAUAAAUGGUCGAGUAUCUUAUUUAA